AUGUCUGGCGCAGAAGUGCUUGCUGUACUUGGCGCUACAUCUUCCGUGAUAACAAUCUGCGAGACUUGUGUUGCGGUUGUCAGAUUCAUCCAGGAAUGCCAACCAACUGAAGCCAUUGCGGUGAUCGAGCCCCAGCUUGUUCUACUUUUGCAUAUUAUCAAACAGCUGAAGCCUUUAUACCUGGAUUCGCCCGGUCAUGACAUAGUUGCAGUGCUUUCUGGAUGUGAAAAAGAGCUCCAAAACCUAAAGAAUCUUAUUGAAGAUUACUACACAACAUCUUCACUGUCACUGUUCAAACGAACUCAGAAAUCUUUCAAAAUUCCGAUUUGGGAAAGAAAGAUCCGACAGAAUUGGACCCGCAUUCAGCAAUACCAAAUGAGCAUUGGUCUAUACUUGAAUUUCUAUAGCACGAAGCAACUGCUCAAUGCCCCCCGUACUGAAGCUUCUUUAUUUCUCGUGCCAUUCCACCAAUCGAACAACUUCUAUGGCCAGCAAGAUAUUCUUGAUCAAAUCUCGAACUCUAUAAGAUACUCUACUCAAUCCCCAUGUGUGUUUUCCCUCACUGGAUAUGGGGGUACGGGCAAGACAGAGAUUGCACGCGAAUUUUGUCUUCGAGAAAAAGAAGCAUAUCAAAUGAUCAUCUGGCUCAAUGCCGCUGAUGAGACGAGCUUCACAACUAGCAUCCUCGACUUUGCGAAUGCAGUCUCAGUAAACCAACGAAAAUUUAAUGACCGCGGAACAAGCUUAGCAUACAUCCAGGAUGUUGCCAAAGAUAGAACGCAGCCAUGGCUUUUUGUACUUGACGGCUGGGACUCUGCAGAUCAAAAAUAUAAUAUAUUCCAGUUCCUCGCGGAUGGAGGCCAGCGCGACGUCAUUUUGGCAACGACAAGACAUCCGAAGCCCUGUUGGGGUACUCAGAUAAAAAUUCAGCCUCUCUCUAAUGAUGAUGGGGCGCGAUUCUUUCUUGGGUUUUCUCAUUCGCCCGGCCAAAAUCAAAUGGAAGCUGCAAGAAUGCUUACCAGUCGAGUAGGGGGCCUACCAUUGGCUCUAGCUCAAAUGAGUGGUUUUAUGAAAUCUCAGGGAUACACCCCUGAGGAGCUUCUUACAUCAUGGGAUAGUGGGGAAAUCCUACAGCAAAUGAAAAGCACAAGCCCAGUCGCAGAGUCGAUGCUCGCUAUCCUCGAAGAACUCAAAAGAGAAGACUAUCGUCUAAUCGAGUUCCUACUGCAGCUGUCAUUGUUUGCUCUUCCUGUGGAGUGCAUUUUCCGGGACUAUUUUCUCUUAAUUCAGUCCCGUGCUGAAUCACUUCCCUCGUUUUAUCAAUUGUUUGUCCAUAAGAACCAAUGGAGCUCCGAACUUUUCUUUCACGCCGUCAUGAAGUUUCGUACACUCUACCUUGUCGAACAAAGGGUUAGAGAGAAUGGAGUCAUGGUUCUUUCAAUCCAUAGAGUCAUAAAAGAAUUUCUGCACAGGGAAGUUUCACAAUCUAAAAUCAUUUUUGGUCCUCAAUUGAUGCUACAGACAACGGCAAUCAUAGCUGCUCCUCUGGCGAUCCAUGAUUGGGAUAAAUCUUCUAUUUGCCCGAGAAAUAUCUUUCGUGAAAAUAUCAUGGAGUGCUUUCAACAGCGGAUAUCCAUUCUCAAUAGCCCGGACCUGAUAAAAAGAUAUAGUGGCAUCUCAGAGGGCUAUCAAACAUCUCUUGCCGCGUUUCUUGCCAGGUAUAGCAACGAAGAAGAACAAGCUCGGAGCCUACUUCUGGAGUCGCUCAGCCUGCAGUCUGCCUGGCUUGGAGAGUCAGCAUCCCUGACAUGUACAACCAUGACAUGGCUAGCACUACUAUACCUUGAAUGCAUGUUGCUCGAUGAAGCAGCAAUCACGAUUGACAGGUUAAAUACGGCCGAGUCCCAGGCGUCUAAACCUCAGAAGACUCAUUUGGUGGAUGUGCAGCUUCUGAAAGGCCACUUGCAAAUGCGAAAGCAGAACAUUGCUCAUGCUCUAUCCAUAUUCGAGCAUUGUACCGAACAUUAUGCUCAGAUAACUGGGGUUUCAUCUGUUGGCAUUGUGUCCGCUCUUGUAAGCGGUGGCGAAGCUAUGUUGAUACAGGGAAAUGUCGAAGAUGCAACCCAAAAUCUUUAUGAUGCAGAGAAUAUACAGAAAGCGAUAGACAUCCCACACGCCCUUGUAUUCCGCCUAAAGUGGAAUCUGGCACGCCAUAGUUUGCGCAGGGGGGAUCAUAUUCGCGCCACCAGCCGCUACAAAGACCUGUGCGAUGAACAUGAACUCAAUAAUGAUUCAGUUGGUCCCCCUUCUCGCCGAUUGGCGUCCCUUCGUUGUGAGCUUGGUGAUGUAUAUUUGGACUUGGGUGAUGUACAAAAGGCCAAGGAGGAAUACGACAUUGGAAAAGCCAGUGCAAAGCGGAGGUCUAAGUCUUGGAAGAUUAAUCUGAAGGAUACUUCGCAGUGGCUCUUAUACGCGUCAUUGGAGAGAACAAAAUCCUUGCCAUUAAGGGGAUGA